CACACGCCACGUGGACUGCAGCCAAUAACAUGGUUUCGCAGCAAAGGCAAAUCGCACAACGACAAAGAGCUCAUUGCAUGCAGAGCUAAGCAAAAAUGGCUGCCUCUUUCAUCGAAUACUUUAUCUGCAUUCCUCCAAUCAACAUCCCCAAUUAUUCAAUUACUAUGCAGACUCGUCGAUUUCACCUAAAAUCAAGCACUUACCUCCAAGAAUUUGUCUCCUUGUUGCCGUCCCAAUUCUUUAUUUACGAAAACCCCCCAUUAUAAAACCCCAAUCCCCAAUCAUUCUUGCCCAUCUCAUUCACAGCUCAAACCCAAUUUUCUGUUUUGUGCCACCGCACUUCAAAGUUGCAAUCUUUUUUUUUUUUUUUUCAGAUUGGGCCAUGAAGAGGUAUAGGAAUCGGCAAAUUUGGGAGUUUGAGCAUGAAGUGAAUAUGAUGGCUGCUGCAGCUGCUGCUUAUAGGGAUGAAGGUAGGAUUUUGAAUGGUGGUGUUUAUGGGAGGAAGGUGAUAUUGGGGAUAGAUGGUGGGACGGCGUCGACUGUUUGCAUAUGCAUGUCUUUGACACCCUUUGAUCAGCCGCUGCCUGAUCCUCUGCCUGUUCUUGCUCGCGCCGUCGCCGGUUGCUCCAACCACAACAGUGUUGGAGAAUCUGCAGCUAGAGAGACUUUGGAGAAAGUUAUGGCGGAUGCUCUUGCAGCAUCAAGAUCAACUCGUUCUUCUGUUCAAGCCGUUUGUCUUUCAGCUUCUGGUGUUGACCACCCAAAGGACCAGCAUCGCAUACUUACUUGGCUCAGAGAAAUAUUCCCGAGUCAUGUUCGGUUAUUUGUUGAGAAUGAUGCUGUGGCUGCUUUGUCAAGUGGGACGAUGGGAAAGCUUCACGGAUGUGUCCUCAUAGCUGGUACAGGCACCAUUGCUUAUGGGUUCACGGAAGAUGGAAGAGAAGCUCGGGCUGCUGGUGCUGGACCUGUUUUAGGCGACUGGGGAAGUGCUUAUGGUAUAGCUGCACAGGCGCUGACCGCUGUAAUAAGGGCUUACGAUGGCCGUGGUCCACCGACUACACUAACACAAAUUAUUCUAGACAAACUAAAUCUCUCUUCCCCCGAUGAACUUAUAGGGUGGACGUAUGCAGAUCCAUCCUGGGCUCGGAUAGCAGCUCUGCUUCCCGUUGUGGUUUCUUGUGCAGAUGGAGGCGAUCUUGCAGCAACCAACAUCUUAUUUGACGCUGUUCAUGAGCUGGCUUCGAGUGUGAAAGCUGUUGUCGCGAGAUUGGAGCUCUGUGGUGAAGACGGCAAGGAUACUUUCCCCCUCGUAAUGGUUGGUGGCGUUCUCGAGGCCAACAAAAGGUGGGACAUUGGCAACGAGGUCAUAAACUGCAUAUCCAAGGACUUCCCCGGUGUUCUUCCCAUUCGUCCCAAGGUUGAGCCUGCAGUCGGAGCUGCAUUGCUUGCUUGGAGCUCCCUUAUGAGACAAUGCCAUCACGAAGCAUCGACAAGUUGACCAUGCACGACACCUUACUUGUAUAGCAUUGGAUAGAGCUCGUGUAAAGAAGCACGAUGCCCAACACGUCGUGUCGUGGCGAAUUAGGAAGAUUGGUUACUGUUUUUUCUUUUAUUCUAUUAUACUGUAUGGCAAUACUUGCAAGGUUGGAGUUGUUGGAAUCAAAUUUUGGUUCUCGUAUAUACAUUGUUGUGGAUAGUGAAUUGGUUGUUUUAAAA